AUGACAAAAGCAUCAGAAACAGCAUUAACAAUAUUUGCAUUAUCAUCAAUUUAUUUUGCUUUAUACACUCAAUUAAUUCCAUCACCUACAAUAUUUUAUUAUGAAAUUUUACCAUUUUUACCAUUUUGGGCAUUAGUUUCGUUUGGUUCUUAUGCUUUAUUUACUUUAGGUUGGGGCAUAUUCACAUUUAAAGAUAAGAAAGAAAAAUAUGAAGAAUUGAAAAUUCAAAUUGAAGAAGCUAAGGCAUUUUAUAAAUCUAAGGGGAUUGAUAUUGAUUAA